AUACAGCCCUCCGUAGCGCCGGUCGGGCGGCCUGACUGGCUGCUCGGGCUCUGACAUCACACAGUGGCCAGCUGUUGAUUUGGCGCUGUCUCCAAGGCUGGCCGGCUUGAUGGGUUGUGGCAGGUAGACUUGUGCUUGCGCAGCGUCGUCCCCUCCCUCUUUGCGAGAACCGUCACCCCCUCCCCUCUCCUCGUGCUCUCCUUUUUAGACCCCCCUCUUCCCACCUCGCACUCUCACUCUUCCGAGCGCGUGUGCAGGAGGCAGCAGCCAGAGGAGCGAGCUGGGAGGCGACUCCAGCCUCCUCUUCAGCAAAUAGUGCCUCCUGUCCACCAUGGAAACUAAAGAGCCGAGUAGCAGAAGGGAUGGAGGGUAGAGCUGCCGGGCAGGUCAGCGAGGGUCAUGUGGGUGUCGGAGGCCCCGGUUGCCGUGCAGAGCAGCUGAAGCAGACAUGGAAAAUAAGUGUCUGGCGGAAUCGGUAGGCUUGGCCCUGUCAACUUCACCAGCCACCUCCUCCUUUGCCACUACCUUCUCAACUGGCUACGCACCAAGUGCUCUGUCUUCGCCAACAUCUUCCUCAAAAAUUUGCAAUGAGAAUGUCUGAUAAAGCUGACACUGAAACAAUGAAGGUUUCCGAGGCUGACGACACCGCGUCAAAUCGAAAGGACAACGCCAUUCAGUCCGAGGUGUCUGAGAAGGGCGACAAAGACGAUCCUGGCAGCAUCAAUACAAAGGAACCCAAGGAUGAAUGCCUUCUUGGAGUGUUGGAAAAGGAAGAUGGAGCUACACAGGAACAGGCUGAGAAAGACGUUUGCUUCGACAAGGCAAACAAAGCUGACAAAAACCAGAGAAAAGGGUUGUCCAGAGAUUCCAGUCAGGACUACACCGACUCCACUGGCAUAGAUCUCCAUGAGUUUUUAGUCAACACAUUAAAGAGCAACCCCAGGGACCGAAUUAUGCUGCUCAAGCUUGAACAAGACAUCUUGGACUUCAUCGGCAACAACGAAACCCAAAAAAGAAUAUUCCCACCUAUGACGUCCUAUCAUAGGAUGCUGUUGCACCGCGUGGCCGCCUACUUCGGGAUGGACCACAACGUGGACCUGACCGGAAAGUCUGUUGUCAUCAACAAAACCACCAGCACAAGAAUACCCGAUCAGAAAUUCUCCGAACACAUCAAGGAUGACAGGGCGGACGAUUUCCAGAAACGCUACAUUCUCAAACGAGACAACUCCAGCUUUGAUCGCGACGACAGCACGAUUCGGAUGCGUUUGAAAGCAGACAAGAAAAGCAAAUCGAUGGAGGAGAGGGAGGAGGAGUACCAACGAGCCAGAGAAAGGAUAUUUGCACAUGAUGGUGAUGAUCACUUCAUCCUGGAUAGAAGCUCUCAGGAUGAAGACGCAUGUAUGCGCACCCAGCACAGGCGGCAAAUGUUCAGGUCACGGGCCGGCCGUUCGGCUGCCAGCUGGCAAAGCAGCUCCGAGACGGACACGCUGCCGCGACAGAGCGAGCCCCGACCGUGGAGCAGCACUGACAGCUCGGACAGCUCCAACCGCCUGGCCCCGCGACCUGCCAUCACCAAGGCCAGCAGCUUCAGCGGCAUAUCCCGCAUUCUGGCGCGAGGGGACAGCAGCGCCAGCAGCAAGAGCACUGGGAGGCUUUCCAAAACAGGAUCAGAAUCUUGCAGUAGCGUCGGUUCUUCGUGCAGUUCGCUGUCUCGUCCCCACCGGCCUUUCACGGUGCCAGCCUCUUUGCGGCCCAAAAUGCCCUUAGUGCACCCGACUGCGGAUACUAAAGGCUCGGCACACAACCCUAACAUGAUCAGGAGCGCCCCGCCCUCUGCUGACGCCACAAAUUAUUAUGUGUUGUCAUUGGAGGCCUCAGGGAUACCACCUGGCAGCGUUCUGGUCAAUCCACACACAGGCAAGCCUUUCAUUCAUCCAAGCGGCAGUGGCAUCGCUUAUAAUAUGGCCAGUGUGGCACCCCCUGCUGGUAGGGGCCCACAUCAAGGGAAGGCGGCGGUGGCGGCACAUCAGCUAACCUCGGUUGCAAGCCAGCAGCAGCCACCUAAUCACCUUCACUCUCAGCCAUCCUCUGAACCUGUCCAUAACCCGACGGUCUCCUACCAUCUUCCUCCUCCUCAGUUCCUGCCCGUCUGUCCAAACCAACAGUACACUGUGCCUGACUCCCUCAACGCCCAAUUUAGUCAUAUGACCCUGGCGCAGCAGUCGUCCAGCAGUAGUGGCGCGCCAGCCGUUGAUGCCCGCCACUAUGCAGCUGUGUACCACCACCCCCACGCCCCGCUGCUACUGCAGGGAGCGCCCUCACAGCAGGUUGCCAACUACAUGGUCGCAGGGCCCUCGGGGGGCCACCCAGGGAUGCUCCAAGGCCAGCAUGUCCCACUUCCUGGUCUUAGCCAAGCAUAUGCCAGCAGCAUGCCCGGUCAUGCUGCUUUCCCCGCAUCCAGUCUGAACCAGCAACACACCAGUGUGCUCCAGCAGCACACCUACAUCCACCAACCUGUUCAGCAGAUGCCCACGUGCUACUGCUCUUCCACCCACCACCCUCAGUGCUCCAACCAACAGCAGAACUACCGUCCGCCUGUAAACCAUCUGGCCUACAAUGGCCCUCACAGCCAAAACCUGCCACCACAGCAAGUGCACCAGCCUGUGAUGUCGAGCCCUGUGUCCAGUUACCAGACCGUAGUGGGUGUGCAGCCAACACCCAACUUCACCAUCACUGCUGCCCAGCAAAGCAAUAUUGGCAGUCAGAUGCAAGGGAUGAUGGUGCAGUACUCCCCAGUGCAGUCGUAUCAGCAGGUGUCCGUGCCACAUCAGACGCACCAGCAGCCAAUGUUGGUGUCGUGCCAGCCAGGACAGGGCGCCGUGGCGGUCGCUGGCAUGCAGCCCUGCUACGGCCUCCUCCCUCCUCCAAACCAGCACACCACCUUGAGUUCCACUGUGAGUUUCCUCCCCUCUCCAAUGAUGGAGCAGCUCCAGUUUCCUCAGAACUCAUCCUCCAGUGUUGCCCAGCAGAACCAAGGCCAGCAGUACACAGCAGGGUUGUUGCCCCCACCCCCCGGCAGCGGCAUGAUGAUGUUGCAAAUAGCAGCGCCCCCCUGCCAGCAGCCCCGGGCCCCCUCCCCCUGCCAGCAGAAGCAGCCCAGCUACAAACACCUGGGCCUGGAGCACCAGCGCGGCCACCGACCGACGGAACGCCCGCCGCCUCCUGACAACACGCAGAGCAGCCUGUCCUCGUCCCCGACACUCACACCCUCGCCGGGCCAGUCGCCCAACGUCAAAGGCCUCCCAACGGGCAUCCCGUCCAUCCCCGUCAUGGCCCACCAGCACCACCUGCAGCUUCCUGCAGCCUUCUGCCACAGUGGACAAGGUGAAGCCCAUUACUCACUAUUAGGUCAGCCGCUGCAGUACAAACACGCCAUCAGACCUCCGCUGCUCCAUGCGGCGCACCUGGUGACGAAACAUCAGGGUCCAAUGGGGGUUUGGCGUAGCGGUCACGGAAGGAAGGCCGGCAGAAGAUCUUUACCCACAGACCACAGCGUAGGUGAAGCAGCAGUGAGCGGUCGGAUCUUGAAAGUGAUGGAUCCUUGACCUGGCCCGACCCUCCAAGACCUGACACUACAUCAACGCCGCAGACGCUUCCGCUUCCGCUUUUUUUUUUUUUUUUUUGCCACAGCAGAACUUGUACCAGACUCCACCAAAAAAAAGGAGCUGUGGGACAAAACCAACUGCUAGGUUUUGGUGCGCCAGUGGAAGCGCCGAGUGAACCUCCAACCUCUGCUGCCUCGGUCUGGACUGUUUCACAUCCCAGACUGACCACUUCACCAAAUCAGUAUCUUCAACCUUCUCUUGUUGUACUUUCCUUUACCUCUCCACCCAGCUGACAGGUCUCUGCAGGGUGGAAACUCAACACUGUGGGCUUUUUUUUUUUUUUUUUUUUUUACCUUUUUGCUGAAAUAUUAGCAAGUUUAUUAGUGUGACAAUCGAGCUAAGUUUUCAUUCAUGCCCAAACAAUAAUAAAUAUGA